CUAGGUCCUUCCACUGCCUCCUCCCCCGGCUGACCGCCUCUCCCCUCAGGUCCUGUCUGGAUGCCCUGCCCUCGGCCACCCUGGCUCCGCAGCUCCCGAGCCCCUCAAGGCUCAGGCUCUUGCUCCCUGGGCUCACUCUCUGCUCCCGGCUCCCCGGGCAGGGGGGAGGGUGAGGACGACGACGGCGGCGAGGAGGAGGAAGGGGAUGGCAGCCCGGGCUCGAGCCCCAUCCUGUCCCCCGCGUCUCCCGUGGAGUGCCUCAUUUGUGUCUCCCCCUUCAACGGCGUGUUCAAGCUGCCCAAGCGACUGGACUGCGGCCACGUCUUCUGCCUCGAGUGCCUGGCUCGCCUGUCCCUAGCCACGGCGGGCGGCGGCGACGCGGUGGCCUGCCCCGUGUGCCGUGCGCCCACGCGCCUGGCCCCGCGCCGCGGGCUGCCCGCGCUGCCCACGCAGCCCGGCCUGCUGCCCCGCGAGGCGCGCGCACCCGCGCCGCGCCAGGGCUCCGUGCGCUUCGACCGCCGCCGCGGCCUGCUCUACCUGCGGCCGCCGCCGCCGCCGCCGCCCGGGCCGCGCAAGUCCCGCGCCCCGCGGCCGCCGCCGCCGCCGCCGCCGCUGCGCCUGGGCCGCCCGCUGUCGCGCCGCCUCUCGCUGAGCAGCCCGGCCUGGGCCUUCAACGCGGCCGUGGCGCUGGCCGUGCUGGUGGCCGCGGGCCUGGUGGUCUCAGGCGUCUACAUCUUCUUCCUCAUCCCGCACGCCGCUUCUUCCGGCCCCGCGCGGCCGCAGCUCGUGGCGCUCGCCCCGCCGCCCGGGUUCUCCUGGUUCCCGCCGCGGCCCACGCCGGGGGCGCCCUGGAGCCCUGCCUGGACGCCGCGCCCCACGGGCCGUGACCUGGACACUGCCCUGCCGGGGGCCGCGGAGGAUGCGCUGGAGCCCGAAGGGGACUCCGAGGACACAGUGGAGGCCGAGGGGACGCUGGACAGGCCCCCGAACCGCAUGUGGGGGGCAGGGGCUGGUCCCGCUUGGGCCCCACGGGGACGGGGCGUCAGGAGGGUGUGGGGGCCUCAGUAA